CUCUACCGGCCGGCGGACUGGGGACCCUCCAGCGCCCCCUGGCGAGCGAGUGUGGUGGUGCGGCGCUAGGGGCAGAAGGGGUUUCGGCGAGGUCCGGAACUGGGAUUUCGCCUGGCCGUUCGCAGCAGCAACACCAGCCUCAAUCACAUCACCAACAGCAUCAAGCAUCAACGCACCAUCAACAGCUGCAUCGUCAGUUAGAGAAAUAUCAAAUCCGUCAGAUCCACCAACAAUCCAUAGCUCAAGGACGCUGCCAGCACGCGUCAGUAAUUCCCGACCAUCACGUUCUGCCUUUACGUUCCGCUUCUUGCGAGCUCUUCCAACAACAGCAACGUGAUUUGAAACCCUUAAAUUGCCAACUCCAACAACAGCAACGUGAUUCGAAAUUCCCAAAUUGCCAACUCCAACAACGGCUGCAAGAGUUACCUCAUCAGCAACAGCAGCGAUACCUAGAUCAACUUCGACGUUCCCAGUCGUUUGGCAUCUCCCGCGCACUCGAGUAUCAGUACCAAUCUCCGUUUACUAUCAAUCGCUCGAAGGGCGUUCUGCAAAGGUCAUCAGUAGACCUAGCUGAAGGAGGGUUACUUGACGCGCAUAUCUUGCCGGACCGAUUCGACAACGAACCUACAAGCGAACAGGAAGUACCAGAGGACAACGAAAACGAUUCGAUAUCAGGGACGGACUCUGCGUCGUCCACUGUUCGUAAUAGCCAGGUCACCGCAAAAGGCUGUCAGCGCGAAAGGUCAGCUUCGUCGCCCAGCGCCGGGAGCAGCAAUUGUUGUUUCUAUACGUCUUGUGCCUAUUGCCGAGGUUAUCGGUGUUGCGCCUGCGGCGUUUGCGAGCCACCAAUCACCAAUCACAACAGAAAAAACGGUGACACUUUGUUGGCGAAACGGUCUUCUCCCGGUGACUUUCGUUCAACGGUAUCCGCAGCGCCGUCGUCUAUAGGUCGUUGUAGAAAUACGUUAACUGCCACCAAUUCAAUCUCUGGAACCGCCUGCUGUAGUUGUGGACGAAGUACGAGCUGUUCGGCGGAAUCAAUUGAUUCUCACAGCGACGAGCAGCAAUCGGUUAUUGAACGUUGCCGACAUAGUGACGUUAGCGGGGGCGCUGAAGUCAGUGAGGGCAAAAAAAUCGGUGGCAAGAAACUCGUUGGCAAAAUCGGGAGCAGCGGCGGUGGUCAAACAGGGACUUCGUCUGAACCUGCUGAAUCGGUUAUGGUGUUCGUUGGGUCAGUCCGGGCGCUCGACGCCCAAACGACCAAUAAUUCCGUGGUAAGAUCUUCUCAUAACAAUCAUCAUAGUAAUCAUCACAACAACGGCGGCCUUCACAACAACCACAUCAGCAGUGCAGCCGGUCAACAUCACGGCAAUUACCAUUCGCGGCAUUCAAAUAACCACCAUCUUAAUAAUCUCCAACAAUUCAAUAGCCAUCACCACCAUCACUCCGAUUCGAACAGCUCCAAUAAAAGCACAACCAUGCUAUACCCGUUUACUCAUCAGGUGGGAGGACAUACACAGAUGUUAUUGCUGGACCGGACGACGCUUUGUAAGCCAUUGAUCCAACGGGAGCUUCAGUUUUACCUCGAUAUGCCUCGCGAGCUGAGGCCAUUCACGCCACAGCACAAAGGUGUCAUACGUGUUCAUGCCCAACCGGCGGAGGAUGAUUCUGCCCUGCCACACGGGUAUAGCAGCCACCGGAACUCUAAUCAAGAAAAUCUCCUUGAUAAACAUGGGCCUUCCUCGGCAAUGUUAAACAAACGGCAUUCGUCAGAUCACCUCUGCACCCACCAGAAACAUCUACUGCACCCACAUGAAGUGGAACAUCACUCUCAACAAGAGGAGCAGCAACAAAACUUCACGCCUAAUUCAACUUAUCCAUCAGGUUCAUCGUUGAGAGUGCAGAUCUGCACAUGUAUUCCUGCCGGCAACGGAGUGCCAGACGUGGGAGAUCAGAGUUCCCAUAAUACGAAGAGCGGUAAUCCGCGACAAUACGAAAAGCAUCGAGACAACGAAGAUGCUUCACCUGAUGUUCAAGACGGAAAGGUGCGUCAUCGAUAUUUCCUGCUGCUGGAGAACGUCGUAUCACGAUUCCAUAAGCCAUGCAUUCUGGACUUAAAGAUGGGUACCCGUCAGCAUGGUGACGACGCGUCAGAAGAGAAGCGACACCGACAAAUGGCCAAAUGCGCAGCUAGCACCUCCGCGCAACUUGGCGUCAGGUUAUGCGGAAUGCAGGUGUACCAGGCGGACAUCGGCUCGUUCUAUUGCAAAGACAAGUACUAUGGCAGACGAUUGGAUUCACGUGGCUUUGCACGUAGUUUAUACCACUUCUUCCACAACGGGUACACGCUUCGUAGCGAUGCCAUCGAGCUGAUCCUUGACAAGCUGGUAGCGCUGAGAACUGCCAUUGAGAGGCAGCACUCAUUCCGUUUCUAUUCAUCGUCGCUUCUAAUCAUCUAUGAAGGAUGUGAAGAGGUGGAUGAAACGCUCUCGGAUCAAGACGACGAUCCCGACCAUGAUCAGGAUGUCGACGAUGACGUCGACGACCACGGACAUCACGUGGAUGUUGACCAUGAGGUAGUUGAUGAUGACGAUGAAGUUGAGGUCGUCCACGACGACAACGCGACGAGUGGGCCUGAACACGAACUCGAAAUGGAGCUCACCGAGGCUAUGGACUGCGCGUCUUCUUCGGGCGGUGUCACAGAUGUGGACGAUUCGUCGAUGGAUUCAUCGCUAGAUUCGGCGCCGUCAUCUGCCAGAGGUCAUCACGGCCACCAUGGCGGAGGUCCGAUGCAGCGUUUGCUUCGGGGUAUUAGACUUCGGCCGGGUUUAGCGUCACUCCAUCACCACUCAAGCGGGGGUUUGUUAACCGUAGAACAUCCCGUGAGUCAAGGAUCGGCAAGUGGGGGAUUGCUAAGCGGUCAUCAUUCUGAACGGGGCAGAGAUCGUCCGCAGAGGUGGCCGCCGAGAUCGAGAAGAUCGAGGCAAAGUUAUCAGGAGCUUCACGGUCCCUUGGUUGAUGUUCGCCUAAUCGAUUUUGCUCAUACUACGUAUGAAGGUUAUGAAGGCGACACCACGGUUCACCAUGGACCUGACGCCGGCUACCUCUUAGGACUGGACAAUUUAAUCCGCAUGCUAACAGAGCUGAAGGAUGGCUACCCAGAUGCUGAAGACGGUGGAGUGAAGUUCGACGCUGCCCAUAGAAGGGACAGUUGCCCCAGGCGUCAAAGGCAAGACAGUCACACGGAGACGUCAUCAACCCUGUGAAUAAAAAAUCACGUCUCAUUCGGCUGCUGUGGGGAACAUAAACGAAUGCUACAAUCGAUCGCCAGCUCCUGCAAUGCUCAGCAAAUGGACCGAAAAAUCUUGAACGUUUGUGAAAAAAAUCCUCGCAGUAAACGAAGGAAAAAGACUAUCCACAGAGAAUUUUCAACGAACUUAAUUACAUGCGUGAAGGACGAUUGGGUAGACCCGACCUGGCAACUUUAGCUUGUCUCCCAACAGGCGGGGACAUCUGUAGUGGCCCAGAAAACGCGGCGUAGAAAUUUACAUAGGUUUAUAGUGUUCGCUGUCGAUGAUCAGUGAGGUAGACAAUUGCGAGUGUCACCAAUAAUAACCGUGUUUGCCUGUGAAGGUCGAUUAAGGUACCAAUGUUCAGUCGGAUCAGGCUUUCGUUUCACCACCGACAACUAUCGUGACAUCCAUCUAAUAAUAAUAAGGAUAAAUUUAAUUGUACGACAAGCAUUGCAAAGCGGUCAAAUAGAACCGCAUGGAUAUUUCGACACAUGAUCAACUUAGCUGCAAACUAUCUGGGAAACACCAUAAGUUCAGCCUAAUUCUGUGCACAUUUAUACAUAUACUGCAAACUUAACUUUCUUGUUUCUAUAAGCAAGUACUGCUUAUAUUUGGACCGAAUGGAUUAUUCGUAGAUUCCAGUGGCAAUUAAGUCUAUUGUUACCACAUAGCGAGAACAUCAUUUUGAGUAAAUCACCGUUAUCACGUUCUUAAUUGUUAAGGACAUCUUAGCGUCUACUUGAAACAAGUGGUCGUUUCGAGACAAGAAUUGUCUAUCGUGACAGACUGGAAACGGCCAAUAUCGUGACGUUGCCGUGUCAACAACAAUCAUAGUGCAGAGUUAUUGAUAUACACAUACACGCUUAUGAAGUAGAAUUACGGAUGGCUAGUGCUCUGUCAUGGGGUUUAAGGUAACUAGUAAGUGAUAACACACAAACCGAAACACAAUUUCAACUUGUACAGCGACGUCACAAGAUGCGUACAUUUGUGGUACCAUGUCUUGUUCGUUCGAGAAAUGAAAACACUCAGACGUGUGCCUGAAUGAGACCUUAAGCAAGAAAUGAGAGUUUGACUAGUUAACAGCCGUAGUUAUACGAUUUUUUUCUACUUAUUAAUAUUAAGAUACAUAUACGUGUAGCCAUCGUGGUAGUAUUAUAACUAGUAAACAGCAGAUAGUAAUAAUAAUUAUAAUAAUAAUAAUAAUUAUUAUAAUGCUGAGUUUAAGCUUGCUUCGCCGUAAAAAUGACUUCUGCAUAGAUUUUGCGAGGCGAGAAUUUCCAUCGAUUCAUUCGGCGAGAAUCAAUGAGAAAUGAGCAAAGCAGCUGCAUCUAAAAGUAGUUGAUGGUUAGAACAGCGAAAAACUAUGUUGGAACCGUUUGGACUCCAUGGGUGUAUAAAGCUUAUAUGCACACGCUUUAAAAAGACCUAUACGAACAUUUGUAAAGGUGUGCUGUUGACUAUGGCAAGGACCGCUUAGGGUAGCCCUAAAAACUCAUAACAGGAACAAGCAAGGGGUAGUUAGAGUCACCACAAACCAUUAACAUGCUUCUUCCCAAGUGAACCCAACCGAGACCUUGGCGUAAAUCAACUGUCAAUCCUACAAGUAGUCAAAAAAAAGGGUUUGUUGUAACUAAAAAAUUUUCUCGAUGUAUAUACGUCAAAAAUAAAAAGUCCAUGUACAUAUAUAAAUACUAAAUCU